AGGUAGAAAGUGUGUGUGAGCUGAUGUGAAUUGAGCAGCAUGGAUCAGUGUGAGGACAGAGAGGAGGGAGUCCCUCCCUCUAAAAGCACUCUGUGUGGGGAACAUGAGAGCCAGUGGUUCCUCCACAGAGUGGACCAGGAGAGCUCAGAGGUUCUCAGUGAUCACUCUGUCCAGCAUCAUCAAACACACCUGGACUCCAUAUUUAUGCUGCUGGAGGACAACAUCAUCACUUUUGUGAAGAACGAGCUGAAGAAGAUCCAGAAGGUUUUGAGUCCAGAUUACCCAGAAUGCGUAGAGAGUCAUCGUGAGGAUGAUGAACAGAGGAGCACCAGAGAGGCAUUUAUAAAGAUCACAAUGAACUUCCUGAGGAGAAUGAAGCAGGAGGAGGUGGCUGACCGCCUGAAGAGCAAAUGUGUUGUUUCAGUUUGUCAACGCGAACUUAAAUCUGCACUGAAGAAGAAGUUCCAGUGUGUGUUUGAGGGCAUCGCUAAAGCAGGAAACCCAACCCUUCUGAAUCAGAUCUACACAGAGCUCUACAUCACAGAGGGAGGGACUGCAGAGGUCAAUGAUGAACAUGAGGUCAGACAGAUUGAAACAGCAUCCAGGAAAACAGACAGACCAGAAACAACAAUCAGACAAGAAGACAUCUUUAAAGUCUCACCUGGAAGAGAUGAACCAAUCAGAAUAGUGCUGACAAAGGGAGUGGCUGGCAUUGGGAAAACAGUCUUAACACAGAAAUACACCCUGGACUGGGCUGAAGACAAAGCCAACCAGGACAUCCAGUUCAUAUUUCCAUUCACUUUCAGAGAGCUGAAUAUGCUGAAAGAGGAAAAGUUCAGCUUGGUGGAACUUGUUCAUCAUUUCUUUACUGAAACCAAAGAAGCAGGAAUCUGCAGCUUUGAAGACUUCCAGGUUGUGUUCAUCUUUGAUGGUCUGGAUGAGUGUCGACUUCCUCUGGACUUCCACAAAACUACAAUCCUAACUGACCCUAGAAAGUCCACCUCAGUGGAUGUGCUGCUGAUAAACCUCAUCAGGGGGAAGCUGCUUCCCUCUGCUCGCCUCUGGAUAACUACACGUCCUGCAGCAGCCAAUCAGAUUCCUCCUGUCUGUGUUGGCAUGGUGACAGAGAUCAGAGGAUUCACUGAGCGACAGAUGAAGAAGUACUUUAAGAAGAGAUUCAGAGGAGAAAAGCUAGCCAGCACCAUCACCUUCCACAUGAAGACAUCACGAAGCCUCCACAUCAUGUGCCACAUCCCAGUCUUCUGCUGGAUCACUGCUACAGUUCUUGAGGAUGUGCUGGAAACCAGAGAGGAAGGACAGCUGCCCAAGACCCUGACUGAGAUGUACAUCCACUUCCUGGUGGUUCAGGCCAAAGUGAAGAAGGUCAAGUAUGAUGGAGGAGCUGAGACAGAUCCACACUGGAGUCCAGAGAGCAGGAAGAUGAUUGAGUCUCUGGGAAAACUGGCUUUUGAUCAGCUGCAGAAAGGAAACCUGAUCUUCUAUGAAUCAGACCUGACAGAGUGUGGCAUCGAUAUCAGAGCAGCCUCAGUGUACUCAGGAGUGUUCACACAGAUCUUUAAAGAGGAGAGAGGACUGUACCAGGACAAGGUGUUCUGCUUCAUCCAUCUGAGUGUUCAGGAGUUUCUGGCUGCUCUUCAUGUCCAUCUGAUCUUCAUCAAGUCUGGACUCAAUCUGCUGGAAGAACAACAGAAGACCGCUAUAUGGUCUAAAUUGUUUGCAAAAAAGGAGUCAAGAGAAGUGGAAUCUGCAUUGACAUUUUUCUACCAGAGUGCAGUGGACAAGGCCUUACAGAGUUCAAAUGGACACCUGGACUUGCUCCUCCGUUUCCUCCUGGGUCUUUCACUGCAAACCAAUCAGACUCUUCUACAAGGCCUGCUGACACAGAAAGGAAGUAGCUCAAAUUCUCAUCAGAAAACAGUUCAGUACAUCAAGGAGAAGCUCAAUGAGACUCUGUCUGUAGAGAAAAGCAUCAUUCUGUUCCACUGUCUGAAUGAACUGAAUGAUCAUUCUCUAGUGCAGGAGAUCAGACAGUACUUGAGUUUAGGAAGUCUCUCCACAAAUAAACUGUCUCCUGCUCAGUGGUCAGCUCUGGUCUUCAUCUUACUGUCAUCAGAAAAAGAUCUGGAUGUGUUUGACCUGAAGAAAUACUCUGCUUCAGAGGAGGCUCUUCUGAGGCUGCUGCCAGUGGUCAAAGCCUCCCACAAAGCUGUAAUGAGUAUCUGCAACCUUUCAGAGAGAAGCUGUGAAGCUCUGUCCUCAGUUCUAGGCUCCCAGUUUUCUAGUGUCAGAGAGCUGGACCUAAGUAACAGUGAUCUCCAGGAUUCAGGAGUGAAGCUUCUAUCUGCUGGACUGGAAAGUGCACACUGUACACUGGAAACUCUCAGUCUGUCAGGCUGUCUGAUCACAGAGAAAGGCUGUAAUUCUCUGGCUUCAGCUCUGAGCUCCAACCCCUCCCAUCUGAGAGAGCUGGACCUGAGCUACAAUUAUCCAGGAGGCUCAGGAUUGAAGCUGCUGUUGGCUGGACUGAAGGAUCCAAGUUGGAGACUGGACACUCUCAGGGUGGAGCCUGCUGGAGUCCAAUGGUUGACACCAGGUCUGAGGAAGUAUUCCUGUCAACUCACAAUCGACACAAACACAGUACACACAAACCUCCAACUGUCUGACAACAACAGGAAGGUGGCACGUGUGAUCGAGGUUCAGUCAUAUCCCUAUCAUCCAGACAGAUUUGAUUAUGAACCUCAACUGCUGUGUAGAAAUGGUCUGACUGGUCGCUGUUACUGGGAGGUUGAAUGGAGAGGAGAGGUCCAAAUAUCAGUGAGUUACAGAAGAAUCAGAAGGAAAGGAAACAGUGAUGACUGUGUGUUUGGAUACAACGAGAAGUCCUGGAGUCUGUACUGCUCUGAUGAUGGUCCUCGUUCUGUGUGGCACAAUAACAAAAACACACCUAUUUCCUCCAUCUCCUCCUCCUCCUUUGUCUCUAACAGAGUAGCAGUGUAUGUGGAUCAUCCUGCUGGCACUCUGUCCUUCUACAGAGUCUCCUCUGACACUCUGAUCCACCUCCACACCUUCAACACCACAUUCACUCUAAAACUUUAUCCUGGGUUUUUUAUCUGGUCUCGUUCGUCAGUGUAUCUGUGCUGA